AUGGCGCGCUCACGCAUGUCUCUGAAGCACACGCUUCUCCUGACCACGCUCGUCAUCCUCGGCUUCUUCUCCGCCGCUGCCAUGGCCCAGAACGACAAAAGCUCCAACUCGGCGAGCGCCACCAACUCGGCCAACCAGCCCUCACAAUCGGCUUCCAAGUCGGGCGACAACAAGCAGUCCAGCACCGACACCAAGGCAUCUGCCACCGCCAGCUCGGGAAGCGCCAGCGCUUCGUCCUCGACAGACAGCAAGUCGACACCGACUUCCAAGCCUCCCUCCUUGACGUCGGCCACGUCCUCGUCAGGGCCCAUCCGGUCCAUGCCCACCCUGUCCCGGACCGUCGACCAGACCAUCCCGACCUACCCCCCUCCCGCCGUCCCCGACACCAAGAACGCCCCCUUCAUGCAGCACUCGACCGCCCCCGACGGCACCGUCUUCAUCGCCGUCGGCGCCAUCCUCGGCGCCUUCGGCAUCGCCAUCCUCGCCUGGCGCGGCAUCGUCGCCUGCCUGCUGCACCGCUCCGUCGAGCGCGCCGCCAUGGUCCAGCACGCCGCCAACGACAAGGCCGCCUUCCCCGCCCCGCCCGCGCCCUUCUACAAGUACUCGGACCGCGACUCGUCACCGCACCUCGCCGCCCGCGGCACACGGCGGACGACCCGGGGUCCCAUCCCCUCGUCGACGCCCUCGCAGACCAACCUCUUCUUCUCGCCCACGGCCGCCGCGGGCGGCGGCAACGGCGGCGGCGCGGGCGGCAGCACCCGGGACUCGCGCUUCCUGCCCUCGGGCUUCUACGCCGCCGGCUCGGCCUCGCCGGGCCCCCAGCAGCACACGGCGUCCAUCAGCCUGUCCAACCUGCGGCCCGACUCGCGGGGGUACGCCCGCGCCGUCGGUCCCAGCCCGCCCGAGUCGCCCAACUUUGGGCCCAGCCGCGCCACCCCCCAGCCGCGCAACGUCAGCACCAGCUCGCUCAACCUCAACCGGCCGCCUAGCGGGCGCGCCCCGAGCGCCUUCCUCGACGACCUGCUCGACGACCAGCCGCACAUGUUCCCCCCGUCCUCGACGGGCCCCGUCUCGAGCUCGCACACGCGCAACUUUAGCGGGUCGACGCAGGGCCGGUUCUAG